AGGAGAUGUGAACGUGUGACUGAAGGAAGUGAUGAAACAGGAAGUAGAACCCUCCUCAACACCAUCUACACUGAGCUCUACAUCACAGAGGGACAGAGUGAAGAGGUUCAUACCCAACAUGAGGUGAGGCAGCUGGAGACAGCUUCCAAGAUGGUCGCCCUCCAUGAGGCUCCAAUCAGGUGCCAGGACAUCUUUAAAGCCUUACCUGACCAACAGAGACCCAUCAGAGUGGUUCUGACCAACGGCGUGGCUGGUGUUGGAAAAACCUUCUCAGUGCAGAAGUUCACUCUGGACUGGGCAGAGGGCUUGGAGAACCAACAUGUCAGUGUGGUGGUUCUGCUUUCAUUCAGGGAGCUGAACCUGAUCAGAGAUAAGCAGUACAGUCUUCUGGAGCUGCUCCAUGUUUUCCAUCCAACAUUACAGAAGGUCACAGCAGAGAAGCUGGCUGUCUCUCAGCUUUUGUUCAUCUUUGACGGCCUGGAUGAAAGCAGACUUUCAUUGGAUUUCACCAACAGGAAGCUGCUGUCUGAUGUCACACAGAAGUCAUCAGUCAGCGAGCUGCUGACAAACCUCAUCCAGGGGAAUCUGCUUCCCUCGGCUCUCGUCUGGAUAACUUCCCGACCUGCAGCAGCCAAUCAGAUCCCUCCUACAUGUGUUGACAGGCUAACAGAAGUACGAGGCUUCACUGACGCCCAGAAGGAGGAGUACUUCAGGAGGAGGUUCAGUGAUGAAGAGCUGUCCAGCAGAAUCAUCUCCCACACGAAGACAUCCAGGAGCCUCCACAUCAUGUGUAGUAUCCCAGUCUUCUGCUGGAUCACUGCUACAGUUCUGGAGCACAUGUUGACUACAGAGCAGAGAGGAGAGCUGCCCAAGACCCUGACUGACAUGUACUCAUACUUCCUGCUGGUUCAGACAAAGAGGAAGAAGAACAAGUACCAUGAGGGACAUGAGACGAGUCCACAGGAGCUGACGGAGGCUGACAGGGAAGUUCUUCUGAAGCUGGGGAGGCUGGCGUUUGAACAUCUGGAGAAAGGAAACAUCAUGUUCUACCAAGAAGACCUGGAGCAGUGUGGUCUGGAUGUCACAGAGGCCUCGGUGUACUCAGGAGUUUGUACAGAGAUCCUCAAAAGAGAGUGUGUGAUCUUCCAGAAACCAGUCUACUGCUUUGUUCAUCUGAGCAUUCAGGAGUUUCUGGCUGCAGUCUACAUGUUCCACUGUCACAACAACAGCAAGACAGAGGUGCUGGAGGACUUCCUGGGAUAUAAUUAUCAGGGUUGUCACAUUAAACUAUCUUUGAGUGAAUCCUCUGUGGAUGAGUUUCUAAAGAGAGUCAUGGAGAAAUCCCUCCAGAGUAAAAAUGGCCACCUGGACCUGUUUGUUCGCUUCCUUCAUGGCCUCUGUCUGGAGUCCAACCAGAGACUCUUAGGAGGUCUGCUGGGUCAGACAGAGAUCAGUCCAGAAACCAUCCAGAGAGUCAUCAUCAACUUGAAGAAAUUCAACAAUGAUGAAAUCUCUCCUGACAGAAGCAUCAACAUCUUCCACUGUCUGAUGGAGAUGAAAGACCUCACAGUACAUCAGGAGAUCCAAGAGUUCCUGAAGUCAGAGAACAGAUCAAAGUUACUCUAUAUGAUCCACUGCUCUGCUCUGGCCUUCAUGCUGCAGAUGUCAGAGGAGGUUCUGGAUGAGUUGGACCUUCAGAAGUACAACACAUCAGAGCGGGGACGACUGAGACUGAUUCCAGCUGUGAGGAACUGCAGAAAGGCUCGACUGGCUCAUUGUGGACUCUCAGAGACUCACUGUGAAGUUGUGGCCUCAGCUCUGAAGUUCAAACCCUCCCAUCUGACAGAGCUGGACAUGAGUGACAACAAGCUACAGGAUUCAGCAGUGAAGCUUCUGUGUGCUGGACUGGAGAGUCCAAACUGUCGACUCGAGACCCUGAGAUUGAGGGAGUGUGGUUUGUCAGGGAUCAGCUGUGAUUAUCUGGCAGCAGCUCUGAAGUCCAACCCCUCCCAUCUGAGAGAGCUGGACCUGAAAAGAAACAACCUGGAGGAUCCAGAUGUGAAGCAGCUGUCUGAUCUUCAGCAGAGUCCAGACUACAGACUGGAGACUCUGGUGUGGAGCUGAUGAUGGUAAACAGGACGGUGUGUGUGCUGAGAGAGGAUGAGCUGUGUCCUG